AUGGGACCGUCAAUAUCGAAGAAAAGAAGGAUAGAGGAUGCCAUGCAUGGCAAAACCUCGCAGCCUAAAAAGAAAUUCAAGAAACAGUUGGAAUACCACAGCAGCGACUCCGAGGAUGAAGAUGAUACCGCAGCUCCUGAGCUCCCGGGCGUGAACCUGCAAGACGCCGAUGACAGUGAAACGCCAGUUCAAAAUAUUAAAGUAGCGAAAGACUCUACGGCUACUUCCGAUGCGGAGGACGAAAGCAUCAACGGAUCUGACUCCGAAGCCGGUUCCGAUUCAUCGUCUCACUCAGACUCAGACGGUGAAAGCACAAUCAAACGCAAACGGAUGUCCAAACGGAAUGACCCCACUGCAUUUUCUACGUCUAUAUCUAAAAUUCUGGGGACGAAGUUACCUACGGCUGCCCGCGCAGACCCCUUGCUAUCCCGAAGCAAAUCGACGGCGCAAACCGUUGCGGACCUUGCUAGCGAGAAACUCGAAAAGCGAGCCCGUGCAAAACUACGUGCUGAAAAGAAGGAAGAACUAGAACGAGGUCGAAUAAAGGAUGUUCUAGGCGUCGAACGAGGGGAGGCCGGUGAAACGGCUGAGCAGGAAAAGCGCCUACGAAAAAUCGCCCAAAGAGGUGUAGUCAAAUUGUUCAAUGCCGUUCGGGCUGCGCAGGUACGAGGCGAAGAAGCAGCCAAGGAGGAAAGGAGGAAGCGUGCGACAGUUGGAAUGGAUGAACGAGAAAAGAAAGUCAACGAAGUUAGCAAACAGGGAUUUCUGGAGCUGAUCAAUGGCAAAGACGGAAAGAAGGUAACGAUUGAAGAAGCAUGA